UUUCUUCUCUCUUCCUCUUCAACCUCACAACAAUCCAUCUCCUCGAAAGACAUUAACUCCCAACCUAAAAAAACCCCUGUCUGAACGGCAUAUGUCUCAAAGACCUCAAGUUCCUCAUUCUUCCUCUAUAGCUUUCGGUCUCCAUUCCCAUCUCCUACUCUCCAGUGAGAUCAGCUCUAAUUCCAACUGGUCUCUUUAAAAACAAUAAAAAAAUCUAACCUUUUUUCAUUAUCUCGGAAAAAAAAAACAAUCUUUCUGAAAUGGGUCUAAAGGGUUUCGCUGAAGGAGGGAUCGCAUCGAUCGUAGCGGGCUGUUCGACCCACCCGCUCGAUCUAAUCAAGGUCCGAAUGCAGCUCCAAGGCGAAUCAGCCUCAGUUCAGACAACUCUCCGACCAGCUCUUGCCUUCCAGACUUCCUCCGCCGUUCACGCGCCUUCGCCUCCUCCGCGCGUGGGAAUUAUCACCAUCGGAUCUCGCAUCGUCACACAAGAAGGCACGCGCGCUCUCUUCUCCGGCGUCUCCGCCACCGUUCUCCGCCAGACUCUCUACUCCACAACUCGUAUGGGUCUAUACGACAUCCUGAAAACCAAAUGGACCGACCCGGAAACCAAAACCAUACCUUUGACCCGCAAACUCGCCGCCGGGUUCCUCGCCGGAGGUAUCGGCGCCGCCGUCGGGAACCCGGCGGAUGUCGCCAUGGUGCGCAUGCAAGCCGACGGGAGGCUCCCGGUGGUGGACCGGAGAAACUACAAGAGCGUUUUGGACGCGAUCGCGCAGAUGGUUCGCGGCGAAGGCGUCACGUCGCUGUGGAGAGGCUCGUCGAUGACGAUCAACAGAGCGAUGCUCGUGACGGCGUCGCAGCUGGCUACGUACGACUCGGUGAAAGAAACGAUUUUGGAGAAAGGGUUGAUGAGAGACGGGCUUGGGACGCACGUGACGUCGAGCUUCGCGGCGGGGUUUGUGGCUUCGGUCGCGUCGAACCCGGUGGAUGUGAUUAAGACGAGAGUGAUGAAUAUGAAGGUGGAGGCGGGGAAAACGGCGCCGUAUAAGGGAGCGGUUGAUUGCGCGUUGAAGACGGUGAGAGCGGAAGGGAUCAUGGCUUUAUACAAAGGGUUUCUGCCGACGGUGUCGAGACAAGCACCGUUCACGGUGAUUAUGUUUGUGACACUCGAACAAGUUAAGAAGGUGUUCAAGGACUUUGACUUUUGAGACAAGAGUUAAAGAUGAUGUUGGCGAUAAUUUGCUUUAAACAAAAUAAAUUUUGUUUUUUUUAUUGUACUUUCUUUUGAUUUAAUAGUCUAAAGUUUUAAUUGUCCUUCAUUUACCUAGUAGUUCUGUGGAAUUAAAUUUUCUAAUCUAUGAGAAGAAGAAACAGCUCAUUUGAAGAGAGAUA